GCAGGUAUGGAGGCCCUGGAGACGGCGCUAGGAUACUGGGAGGACGCCCUAGCAGCCUACACGGCGGGGGUGACGGGGGGAGUUGCCCUGACCUCCCAGGACGAGGCGGAGUUCACGGCGCUCCUCCAGAGGGUGAUUGACGACGCCUACAGCCUACAGGACCAGUGUGAACACCUCUUCCUCCACCAGCAUUCUGUGUUAUUCCGGUCCUCCAGCGUUACUCCGGUGCCCUCAGACGUCGCGGCGGAGGCCAGCGAGCGACGCACACUCACCUCGGCGUCCUCCUACGAGUCCUUCGUGUCCGCCUCAGGGGAUAUUGCCGACUUGAGGGACUUGGAGGAGUUCGAUGAGGCACAGUACCCGCUGUACAUGGCAGCUCUCAAACAGCAUGAGGACGGAGGUAUUCCUUACAGGGACGUUCGAACAGAUCGAGUGAAGUGCGGCAGCGACGUGGAGUAUAUCUGCAAGGUCCAUUGCAUUCGCCUAGCAUGUCAACUGCUUUUCGGCCAGGAGGAGACAAGGCAAUUCUUCAUCGACUCCGGCAGACAGAUUAUCGCUGGUCUUCUUGUUCGAACAGAUAAAGACCCCAAGGACGUGCUGCUGGCCUAUGACGAAAUGCUAGAAUUCCUCUCAGACUGCGACUGGGGGGCCGUGGAGAGCGAGCUACAGGGCCGAGGAGUCAAGGCUUUGACCUUUUACGAUAUUGUGUUGGACUUUAUUCUCAUGGACGCCUUUGAUGAUCUCGAAAGCCCGCCGUCGUCCGUGACGGCGGUGGUGCAGAACAGAUGGCUGUCUAAUGGCUUCAAAGAAUCGGCGCUGUCGACCGCGGUGUGGAGCGUCCUUCGAGCCAAAAGGCGGAUGUUGAAAUACCAAGAUGGCUUCAUUGCGCACUUCUAUGACGUGUCGGAACACUUAUCUCCCGUCCUCGCCUGGGGAUUCAUGGGACCAGAUGAAAAUGUUAAAGAAUUAUGCACAUUCUUUAAGGACCAAAUUAUGGGGCUGCUGCAGGAGAUCUUCAGCUUCACCAGCGUCAGGUACACGACCGUGGAGGAGCUCGCCACGGACGUCAUGGCGGUGACCAAGGAGAGGUUUGAAAUCAUUUCGAAAAGGCUCGCGUUGUAAAAGAAGAGAAACAGUGUCAGACAUUCCUAUUUGUUGUAUCUAUAUUAUAUAUAUUUGAAUACAUAGACAAAGGGAAGAGUCGAGUCCCUAUGUAGCAAACGUUGUAUUAUCCUCUAUCCUGCGGUUGCUUUUGUGAACCAACGGUUAUGUUAUGGUAGCUGUAAUUCCUGUUACCAUUUUUAAGGGUUGAAGAUAACAAACAUGCACAAACACGUUGUCCAACUUGUCAUACUGUUAACAGGUUUAAGAAACAGAAGGUUAUAAUGGUUGUUGCUCUACAGCGAUGUAUUUGAGGGAUCCUAGGGAAUGAAGUUACAGUACUGUUUUUUAUGAUUUUAUUCAUGCCGCUGCACAUUAGUUUUUUAUCAUGUAUCAUGUAUACUUUUAUUUGUAUGUGUUGUUUUACAAAAACAAGUUUUAAUAUGAAAAUGUAAACCUGUAGUAAAACAAAAAUUAUAAUAAUUUUUUAUCAUGAUGCCCACACAUUACGAGCUGGAAAAGAAUUUAGAGCAGAAUGUCUUUAGUACAAAUUUCGCUCGUGGGUCUGUCAGCAUUAUUGAGGAGUAUUAGGCAAUAUUUUGUGUAGCAUGAACAGCCUUUAUACAGUUCUGUAUAAGUAAAUCUUAUUCCAUAUGCAGUGGAAGAUGUCUGAAGUUCAGCUUUUUGCAUGUCAAAGUCAUUGCCUGAUUAAUGACUGGAUUUUGAUGUAUAAUUGAUUUCAGAUAACACAUGGUCCAUACAUUUCCUGAAGAAUGAAAAGAGUCUGAGAUAUGUGCUACUUGGGGGAAAAUGUUUUUGCAAUAAUUAAUGCACAAUAUUGGUAUUAUUAUUAUUUUUACGGAUAUGCAGAUCUUAAUGGUGAAUGGUUGUCAGUAAGGUAAGAUGUCCUUAAUAUUAAGAUCAUUUCAUGAUAUGAAGAUAUAUAUACACUUGCAUAUUUUUAUCAGACAUACAUACUGUAUACUUUCCAUGAUACUCUAGAUUUACAGGUAGUUCAUUAAUGUACAUAUCAAGAGACAAGGAAAACUAAUCAUCUUUUUAUCAUAGAUAUCAAGGAAGUGGUUGUUCGGAAGCAGUUUAAUAAGUGGGUAAUAAUCCUGUCUAUUGUUUCUAAUACAUACUGUGUACUAAAUCAGUGGGUUAAGUCAUGUGUUGUCUUACUAUGGAAAAUGUAGAUGGCUUUUGAGAUCUUCACCCACUGUAUUGCUUAUGAUAACCUCUUACUUAUUAGACAAGCAGCAGUAUGGAAGAUAAAAAAGACUGCAGUUAUCCAAAUGGAUAUUUAUAUGUGUGUGUAUGCAUAGGUGCAUGUGUCUGUUUAUGUUGGUAUGUUUACAUACAUGUAUUUAUGUGUAUAACAACUUACAUGUAGAUAAGAUUGUCCCCAGAAGGAUCAAGGCAAAAGGCAACUUGAGUUGCGCACCAAGAAAAUACUGAUACAUAUACUAUAUAUCAUAUAAAUUUGGAUAUCUAAAAUAAAGUAUUUAUUAUAUUUUAAUUGUUUAUAUAAGUAUUGAUAUCACAUUGGGUUUAGGAGACAAUUUUGAAGCAAGGGGACCAUGUUACCAUACCCCACUAAAUUGAAUAAUUCAGUGUAAAACAAUUGUAGUCCCUAUUUUGAUUAGGCUGUCAUUGCAUAUAUCCACUUUGAAGAUGGAGUGAUAAAGGAACAGUAUUACUUGCUCUACCAGGCUAAUGUAGUUCUAGGUAUUGGUGAAAUGUUAUUAAAAAAUAUUUGUAGUAGCACAAAGUCAAUACACAUUGCUCUUUUUCUUUGAGAAGGAAGUGAUAGUUAUUGAAUACUUCAUUUUAUGAUACUAUAAAUCUCAGAUUACAGAGAAAUGUAUUUUUUCCUGGGGAAGGCCUCAAUUGCCCCCUGCUCUAAUAGCUCCCUCCAAACCCAGAAUUUUGGCUUGCCUGACGCCCCUGUCUCAAAUAUCUGACAGUCCCAGCUUUUUUAAGACCCCCUAUUUGCAGAACAGCACAGAAACAAGAAAUAAAAUAAAAUAAAAUGUUUUCAAUAGAGAGAUCAUCUCUUGAGCUAUUUAUAUCCUUCUUUAAACUGGCUGGGCAUUGUGAACAAUAAUGAAGAUUAAAUGCAUGUAUAAUGCAAGUUAGAAAUUGAAAACAUUUUACACCUACAUGUGAAUGGACUCUUACCUAAGACAAAUUGUCUGUAAGCAGUCUCCAUAAAAUUAUAUGAUUAUUUUGGUAGACUAAUGUUAAUGUCAGUCAUUUAAAUACUCAUUUGAUGAUUUUUUCUUUCCUUUUCUUUUCUUUCUUCUUCUCUUCUUCCCCCCCACCCUUCCUUCCUUCUUCUUCAAAAGUGAAGGCAACAUAUCAGGAUCAUUAUGAAACUAACAGGACCUAUCCCUCACCUCCAGAAUUAACCAGUGGUAGAAAAUAAUUAUGCAUGGAAACAUGAUUGUAGUAAAGAUAAGUCUGUUAAGAAGCAGUUUUAAAUACAUUAUAAUAGAAACAGUAGACAUACAAUAUAUGUGUGUGUAUGUGUCUGUGUGUCUGUGUGUCUGUGUCUGUGUGCGUGUGUUCGUACAUACGUACGUGUGUAUAUCUGUGUGUGUGUGUGUGUGUGUGUGUGUGUGUGUGUGUGUGUGUGUGUGUGUGUGUGUGUGUGUGUGUGUGUGUGUGUGUGUGUGUGUGUGUGUGUGUGUGUGUAUGUGCGCACAUGCACAUACCUAUGCAAGGGUAAUCAACAUAGAGGCUAGACUUAGAUAUGCAUAUGUGCAGUAGACCUAGGAAAGUUAGUUAUGCAUUUUCUAAUAUUUAGCUAGAAAAGGUCAAUAUUUUUGUUAACAUUUAGAUUUAUGGCAAUGUUUUAUGUGUCAUUAAUCAAUUAGUGCCAUUUAUGAAAGUAUAAAGUUAAUUUGAUACAAUGCAGAGGAUUUUGCUUCAGUAGUAAGAUUUGAAAGUGAUGAAGAUCAGAUUAACUAGUUAACAUAUAAUGUCUCAGCGUGCUGCCUCAUGUCCUGGUUCAUGCAAACUCAUACCCCAGGAUGAAAGAAUGUCUGUCAUACAUGUAAUGCCUCUUAUUAAUAUACAUAAUAGUAACAUGAUAAUAACAUGUGUUGACUAUAUUCAACGCAGCAUAAAACCUAUGGCUUUGUACAUCAAAGGUAAUGGAAUUGAAACCAUAAAUAUAUAUAUAUAUAUAUAUAUAUAUAUAUAUAUAUAUAUAUAUAUAUAUAUAUAUGUGUGUGUGUGUGUGUGUGUGUGUGUGUAUGUGUGUGUAAUUAUGUCUUUUAGAAGUUCUUAUAUAUUCACAGAAUAUAUUUUCUGUGCAUUGCAGCAAGUCUCUUUGAUGUGGCAAUACAAUACUAUGGUCUACACUCCAUGGAUGGAUUCCAGAAAGUUAUUGUUACAGUUUUGUAAGUAGGAAAAGAACUGUUAGUAACCCAUUCAGUUAAAAGCAUUACCAUUUUACUGUAGUUGAAUGCUGUGGCUUAGUUAAAGUUGACAAUAAAAACUGGACUAUGAUCUAUUAGACACUGUACAUUCAUCUUCACUUUUAAACACAGUUGCAUAGGAUGAAAAAAUAUCACCAUCUUUUAGAUCACCAACCAGCUACUCUGCCAAUUAGUUAAUUAUAUAUUACUGUAGGACCAGCUCAUAGCAAAUACAUAAAUAACACAUAAGCUAAUCAAGUUAUUCCUCUAUGAUAUCCCAAGUAUAGAAAAAUGUUUUUUUUAAUUUUUAGUUGUAAUUAUCACAUCUUUAUAGCUGUUUUUACAGAUUAUGUAUGCAGAACUUUAACUCUCUUUGUGACAUGUGUAGAUAUUAACCACUAUGUAAUUACUUCAGCUGCACAGACAUUUUGGGCAAAUAGUUUUUGCAUAAAAAAUGUACAUUUCAACAUAGCACCCAAGUCUGAAAACUGCCACUUUUAUUGAUACAAGUUGUGCCUCACCAUAAGUUUGUUUGUACUUGUAUACAAAGGUAUAGAUUAAGGGAAUAGGGGUGGAGUAUGAUAGCAAUUAUUCAUUUACUAGUAUUUUAUAGUACAGAGCAGUGUGAUGAAUUUAUGAGGGUAGAGCGUAGAACUGUAUAGAACAUCUUGAUAGUUGUAUUGAUUUGUUAUAAUUUAGUACAAUGACAUUUAGAAAAUAAAAAUAUAUUAUAUAAAAGAGUUGUAAAAGUCUUGUAAACAUUGAACUACAGACUUAGCUUAGAAUUCAUGGUAUUUUCAGGAAUACUACAUAGUUAACAAAGAAUGGAAGUGAAAUGUAGCAACAUAAUUACAUAAAAAAGCUUUGUAAAUGUGCAAACCUUCAACUUAUAUUCUUCCAUUACCUGUUAUAAUACUGUUUCUGACAUUGUCAUUUCUUGUGAAGUUGUUAUAUGAUGAGCAUAUUGAUUGAACACUGGCUCAGUCCAACUGUUGUACAGGCAUGUGAUAUGUGUAAAUAAAUGUUAAACAGUG